AUUGAAACAUUUAGAUACUAAUGGACCUUAUAUGGGAAGAAAAAGAAAAACAAGGGAUCAAAGUGACAAUAUACGAUAAUAAUAAGAAGAUCCGUCGUAGAAAGAAGAUGCGAUGCGAAUAGCCUCCGUCCCCGAUUCAGAACUCUCAUCUAAUGAUUCUUUGCUUUCAAUAGAUAUAUAAGAUUCUUCGCAUUCUUGCUCUAUCGCGAGAGUCAAGUGAGAGAUAGUUUUGUAGGAAGAAGGAGAGGAAGAUGGUGCUGCCGUUGAUGAAACUGGGGACACUUCUGGUGAAAACGAUAAGUAAGCCAUUGGCGAGUCAGCUCAAGCACCAAGCCAAGGUUCAUCCCAGGUUCCGCCAAUCCAUCAUCAACUUCGCUCAGAGGAACCAUAGGAUAACGACGCAGAUACAGAGGAGGAUAUAUGGGCACGCCACUGAUGUGGAGAUUCGUCCGUUGAACGAAGAAAAGGCUGUUCAAGCUGCUGUUGACCUUAUUGGAGAGCUCUUCAUCUUUGCCGUCGGUGGGGGAGUUGUUAUCUUUGAGGUGCAAAGAAGUUCGAGGUCAGAAGCUAGAAAAGAGGAAGCCCGUAAGCAGGAACUAGAGGAAUUAAGAAUAAAAGAUGAAGAAUUGGAAAAGAAAGUGGCUGAACUCCAAAGCAAAUUAGCGGAGGUUGAAGAGCUUGCCAAGGCACGAGGAUUGACUGGUAUUUUUAAGGUAAGACAGCAACCCUGUACUGCUGCUACUACAAAGGGUAGCAGCGAGAAACCAGAUGAAAAAUCCAGUGAACCUUCAUCUUAAUCAAUGACCAAGACUCAACCAAAGUUAACAAUAAAAUACUGGUAGUGAUUCUUUAAGAGCGAGGAGUCUCUGAUCAUCACAUUCUUGUAGAUCGAGCAUCAUAGAUACAUACAUGUACCGGCAUCAAUUCAUCACCAUUAAGAAUAAUCUGCUUUAUAACAACUAUCUAGGCAAAUUUAAAAAGUUUUGAUGUUGAGGUCUUAGUGCUCGUGCUUAUUUUCAACUUUCGUUUGCUUUUUUAAGAGCAAUUGCUCGAUUUUAGGCGAUAUUUGAUAAUUAUGACGAAAUCAUUAGGAGAGCGACUUUGAGUGAGAUACCAAAAUAUAUCUUUGUCACUAUAAUCUG